UCCUUUCUUUUUAACAGAUAGACCUAUCGCUCCUUCACGAUAAAAUGAUGGAUAUUUCGGCUGUACAUUUGGCAGCUAUCAGUGCUGAAAUCGCUCUCGUCUUGGUUAUGUCGCAAGAUGAUAAGGUAAAAAAUCCUCAAUGGUCUUAUUGGCGAAAUCGUGUAUACAUAUCUAAUCCAACAAUUGAUAAAUAUCGUUUGCCUGACUCGGAAAUGAACGACAUUAGAAAUCAGUUGUUACAAAAAGUUAUGCUGUCUAAUGAUAAUAAAACGGACUUUUAUGUCGUUUACAAGAAAUACAAUAGUAAGCGAUACGGGCCUGUUUCCAAUAUCAUUGUUACCAAAACAUCUUCACUCUUUUUGCAAAAAAUAACCGAUCCUAAUUAUGCUGCUUAUCCAAUUACUUUUUGAUAGAAUUAUUAGCAUAGGUAGCAUUUGAUUUGUUAAGCACCAAAGCUUAUAUUAUAAUUUUAAAUUAACGUGCGUACAUAAUGAUAUUGAUGAUUUCGUCUUAGAGGUGAAACGUCAAGGUCUUGUUAUGGUUUUUGCUUUUUAUUUGGCAGAUAUUAUGUAGAAUUAUCAUAUCCUAAAAAACGAAAAUUACUCUAGCCUCUAUCAGUAACAAAAGUUAAGUAUUAAAUGCUAAUUAUGAAAGUAGAGGAGAUAGAGCAUAUAAUUGCUACAUAAAAUUUAAGACAAAAAUCUUCAAAAAAAAAAAAAAA